ACAAUAUCAGUAGUCAAAAUUGGAAUCCUGGUUAGAGAGCAUUGUAAUCCAAACACAAUUUUUACAAUUUUAGCUUUAGCCGUUUUUUAAAUUGAAUAAGCUUAGUAUUACACAGAUUGGACAAUGGGCUUAGUACUGAUUAAGUUUUUACGAUCAACGUAUUCUACUUUGAGCGGCGGAAAGAAACAGCCUCUCAACCUAAGCGUCUACAAUGUGCAGGCUACGAACAUUCCACCAAAAGAGACACUGGUCUACACAAAGCAGACCCAGACGACCAGUACCGGAGGCGGAAACGGCGAUGUGCUUGCAUUUGAUGCCCAAGGAGACGACGAAGAGAGCUCACUGCAGAACCUGGGCAACGGAUUCACCUCCAAGCUGCCACCGGGCUAUCUCACCCACGGCCUGCCCACCGUUAAGGACGUCGCCCCGGCCAUCACACCACUCGAGAUCAAGAAGGAGACUGAAGUGAAGAAGGAGGUCAACGAGCUGUCCGAGGAGCAGAAGCAGAUGAUCAUACUGUCGGAGAACUUCCAGCGGUUCGUGGUGCGUGCCGGCCGCGUCAUCGAACGGGCCCUCUCGGAGAAUGUGGACAUAUACACGGACUACAUCGGCGGCGGCGACAGCGAGGAGGCGAACGACGAGCGAUCGCAUGCGCGGCUCUCGCUGAACCGCGUCUUCUACGACGAGCGCUGGUCGAAGAACCGCUGCAUCACCAGCAUGGACUGGUCCACCCACUUCCCCGAGCUGGUGGUGGGCUCGUACCACAACAACGAGGAGAGUCCGAACGAGCCGGACGGCGUGGUGAUGGUUUGGAACACCAAGUUCAAGAAGAGCACGCCCGAGGACGUCUUCCACUGCCAGAGCGCGGUGAUGUCCACCUGCUUUGCCAAGUUCAAUCCCAACCUGAUCCUCGGCGGCACCUAUUCGGGCCAGAUUGUGCUGUGGGACAAUCGCGUGCAGAAGCGCACGCCCAUACAGCGCACGCCCCUCAGUGCCGCGGCGCACACGCAUCCCGUCUACUGCCUCCAAAUGGUGGGCACCCAGAAUGCGCACAACGUCAUCUCCAUAUCCUCGGACGGCAAGCUGUGCUCCUGGUCGCUGGACAUGCUGUCGCAACCACAGGACACGCUGGAGCUGCAGCAGCGCCAGUCUAAGGCCAUUGCCAUUACAUCGAUGGCCUUCCCGGCCAACGAGAUCAAUAGCCUGGUGAUGGGCAGUGAGGACGGCUACGUCUACUCCGCCUCGCGCCACGGCCUGCGCUCCGGGGUCAACGAGGUUUACGAACGCCAUCUUGGCCCUAUCACUGGCAUAUCCACGCACUACAACCAGCUGUCGCCGGACUUUGGCCACCUCUUCCUAACCUCGUCCAUUGACUGGACCAUCAAGCUCUGGUCGCUAAAGGACACCAAGCCGCUGUACUCCUUUGAGCAGUACAUCGCCUGGUCGCCCGUGCGACGGCAGCGGCCGCCUGGACCUGAUAAAACUCAACCCAGACACGGAGCACCAGCCCUUCGCCGCGACUCCUGGACUCCAUCCGGCCUGUGCAUCGGCGACGAGGCCGGCAAGCUGUACGUGUACGACGUGGCCGAGAACCUGGCGCAGCCAUCGCGCGACGAAUGGUCGCGGUUCAACACCCAUCUUAGCGAGAUCAAGAUGAACCAGGGUGACGAGAUCUAGGACGAUAUAGUUAAUAGUCGAUACCACUUUUGCUAAGCUUACAGGAUCGUCCUAGAACAAAAUUUAAGUUGUAUUUUUGGGAUCCCGCUACUGUAUAGAACCCAGAACUCAAAACUCAAUUGCAGUCCAAGUGCUCAGAAUCACUUAAAAGUCGCCAAGAAAUCAGGGGAAACUGCAACAUUCUCUACUUGACAGAAUAUAGACAAACAUACAUACAUAUGUACAUAUAUAUAUACAUAAGAAUAGAACUACCCGCAUAUUUGAUUGGUAAUCCAUUGUUUGUUUUAGUAGAGCCCAAAUGUAAAUGUAUUAUAGCGAAGCCUAUUUAACAAGAUUAAAUAAACAUAAUAUCUAUACAAGAUAUCCUACGAG